CUAAUACUGUUACCCAGCUAGUGCAGGCGCAUAAGCGGGAGGCGCGACCUAGCGAGAGCAAUCUGCCCAUUUCACAGAAUUACCCUCGCCUCUACCAGGAUAAACGUGUGUUUCAUCCUAGAGACACAUUAAAUAAUACAUAGGGGGCCGCUGCGCCCGCAGCCAUGGCUGACGACGAGCAGCGGGCCAAGGGCGUGCCCUUGACGGGCGUCGUCUACGAUCAGGACCUAUAUGGCGGGGGCGACCGCGCUGGAUAUCGUAGUGAGCUUGUUGAAGAGGAGGAGGAUGAUCAGGACUACGGCGGCCGCAACCGCGGCUUGGGUUCCGCCGCAGCCGCCGCUCGCUCCACCAUCCCCGACGAGCCGGCGGAGGACGGGCCGGGCGGGCUGGGCUUCGAGCAGCCCAAGAGCAUCUACGAGCGGGAGGACGACUACCGCCGCCGCCGCCUGAACCGCAUCAUCUCGCCCGACCGCAAUGACGCCUUCGCCAUGGGCGACAAGACGCCGGACGCGCGCGUGCGCACCUACGCCGACAUCAUGCGUGAGCAGCAGCUGCAGCGCGAGCUGGACAACACCAUGGUCAACAUCGCGAAGAAGAAGAAGGAGGAGGCGGAGGCGGCGGCCGCCGCGGCGGCGGCGGGCAAGGCCGCCGCGCCGUCGGCCACCACCACCUCGUCCAUGCCAGCGCCGGCGGCGUCGGCGGGCGAUGCGGCGGCGGCGGCGGCCGCGGGCAAGCGGCGCAACCGCUGGGACCAGUCCGAGCCCGCCAAGAAGGCCCGCUCGGAGUGGGACACGGACGGCGUGGAGGCCACCCCCGGGCUGGGCAACCGCUGGGACGCCACGCCCGGCGCCGGCCUCACGGAGGCCACCCCGGGCGCCAACCGCUGGGAUGCAACCCCGGGAGUGGGGGCGGCGGACGCCACGCCGGCGGCUGGGCGCUGGGAUGACAAGCCAGGCGGCGGCGCGGGCGCGGCGGGCGGCCGCCGCAACCGCUGGGACGACCCCACGCCAGCGCGGCCAAGCGAGACGCCCGCGGGCAGCUGGGGCGGCGAGACGCCUGCGGGCGCCGGCGCCGGCACCACCAAGCGCUCGCGCUGGGACCAGACCCCCGCGCUGGGCGGCGGCGCCACCCCCGCCGUCGGCGUCGGCGUCACCCCCUCCUUCUUCUCCGCCGCCACGCCGGCCGUGGGCGCCCUGGGCUCCACGCCGCUGCUGGGCAUGGAGACGCCGUCGCUGUCGGCGCUGGGCAUGGGCGGCGGCGCGGGCGGCGGCGCGGGCAACGUGCCGCUGACUCCGGAGCAGUACCAGGAGAUGCGGCUGCAGCGGGAGAUGUGGGAGCGCAACCGGCCGCUGAGCGAUGAGGAGCUCGACGCCAUGCUGCCGGGGGAGAAGGACGGCUACAAGAUCCUGGCUCCGCCCGCCGGCUACAAGCCGGUGGUGGACCCGGCGCGCAAACUCAUGGCCACCCCCACGCCCCUGGUGGGCGGCACGCCGCUCUACGCCAUGCCCGAGGACAACCCGGCGCUGAAGGCCGACCUGCCCAUUGCGCCCGAGGGGCUGCCGGAGAUGAAGCCGGAGGACAUGCAGUUCUUCAGCAAGCUGCUGCAGGACGUGGACGAGGCGGAGCUGUCCGCGGAGGAGGCCAAGGAGCGCAAGAUCAUGAAGCUGCUGCUCAAGGUCAAGAACGGCACGCCGCCGCAGAGGAAGAGCGCGCUGCGCACGCUGACGGACAAGUCGCGGGAGCUGGGCGCGGGCCCGCUGUUCAACGCCAUCCUGCCGCUGCUGAUGCAGCCCACCCUGGAGGACCAGGAGCGGCACCUGCUGGUCAAGGUCAUCGACAGGAUCCUGUACAAGCUGGACGAGCUGGUGCGCCCCUACGUGCACAAGAUCCUGGUGGUCAUUGAGCCGCUGCUGAUCGACGAGGACUACUACGCGCGCGUGGAGGGGCGCGAGAUCAUCGCCAACCUGUCCAAGGCCGCCGGCCUGGCGCAGAUGAUCGCGGCCAUGCGCCCCGACAUUGACAACAUCGACGAGUACGUGCGCAACACCACCGCGCGCGCCUUCAGCGUGGUGGCCAGCGCGCUGGGCAUCCCGGCGCUGCUGCCCUUCCUUAAGGCCGUGUGCCUGUCCAAGAAGAGCUGGCAGGCGCGGCACACCGGCAUCAAGAUCGUGCAGCAGAUCGCCAUCCUGAUGGGCUGCGCCGUGCUGCCGCACCUGCGCUCCAUGGUGGACAUCGUCAAGCACGGACUCAAGGACGAGAACCAGAAGGUCAAGACCAUCACUGCGCUGUGCCUGGCGGCGCUGGCGGAGGCGGCCACGCCCUACGGCAUCGAGUCCUUUGACGACGUGCUGGAGCCGCUGUGGCGCGGCAUCCGCUCCCUGCGCGGCAAGGUACUGGCGGCCUUCCUCAAGGCCAUCGGCCACAUCAUCCCGCUCAUGGACGCCGAGCACGCCUUCUACUACACACGAGAGGUGAUGGUGGUGCUGCGGCGCGAGUUCGCCACGCCCGACGAGGAGAUGAAGAAGAUCGUGCUCAAGGUGGUGAAGCAGUGCGUGGGCACCGAGGGCGUGGAGCCCGACUACAUCCGGGCGGAGAUCCUGCCCGACUUCUUCAAGGCGUUCUGGAACCGGCGCAUGGCGCUGGACCGGCGCAACUACAAGGCGCUGGUGGAGACCACCGUGGCGCUGGCAAACAAGGUGGGCUGCUCCGACAUCGUGUCGCGUGUGGUGGAGGACCUGAAGGACGAGAGCGAGCCCUACCGCCGCAUGGUGAUGGAGACCAUCGACAAGGUCAUCACCGAGCUGGGCGCCGCUGACGUGGACGCGCGCCUGGAGGAGCUGCUCAUCGACGGCAUCCUGUACGCCUUCCAGGAGCAGGUGGCGGACGACUCGCCGGUGAUGCUCAACGGCUUCGGCACCACAGUCAACGGGCUGGGCAAGCGCGCGCGGCCCUACCUGCCGCAGAUCUGCGGCACCAUCAAGUGGCGCCUGAACAACAAGAGCGCCAAGAUCCGGCAGCAGGCGGCGGACCUCAUUGCGCGCAUCGCGCCGGUCAUGAAGGCGUGCGACGAGGAGGGGCUGCUGGGGCACCUGGGCGUGGUGCUGUACGAGUACCUGGGAGAGGAGUACCCCGAGGUGCUGGGCUCCAUCCUGGGUGCGCUCAAGGCCAUUGUGAACGUGAUCGGCAUGACGCGCAUGACGCCGCCCAUCAAGGAGCUGCUGCCGCGCCUCACGCCCAUCCUCAAGAACAGGCACGAGAAGGUGCAGGAGAACGUGAUCGACCUGGUGGGUCGCAUCGCCGACCGCGGCCACGAGUACGUGCCGGCGCGCGAGUGGAUGCGCAUCUGCUUCGAGCUGCUGGACAUGCUCAAGGCACACAAGAAGGCCAUCCGCCGAGCCACCGUCAACACGUUCGGCUACAUCGCCAAGGCCAUCGGCCCGCAGGACGUGCUGGUGACGCUGCUGAACAACCUCAAGGUGCAGGAGCGCCAGAACCGCGUGUGCACCACCGUGGCCAUCGCCAUCGUGGCCGAGUCCUGCCAGCCCUUCACCGUGCUGCCCGCGCUCAUGAACGAGUACCGCACGCCCGAGCUCAACGUGCAGAACGGAGUGCUCAAGGCUCUGUCGUUCAUGUUUGAGUACAUUGGCGAGAUGGGCAAGGACUACAUCCACGCCGUGACGCCGCUGCUGGAGGACGCGCUGAUGGACCGCGACCUGGUGCACCGCCAGACCGCCGCCUCGGUGGUGGGGCACAUGGCGCUGGGCGUGGCGGGGCUGGGCUGCGAGGGCGCGCUGACGCACCUGCUCAACUACGUGUGGCCCAACAUCUUCGAGGUGUCGCCGCACGUGGUGCAGGCGGUGGGCUUCGCGGUGGACGGCUGCCGCGUGUCGCUGGGGCCCUGCCUGGUGCUGUCCUACGUGCUGCAGGGGCUGUGGCACCCCGCGCGCAAGGUGCGGCAGGUGUACUGGAAGCUGUACAACAACCUGUACAUCGGGGCGCAGGACGCGCUGGUGGCCUGCUACCCCGCCAUGUCAGACGAGGAGCCGCCGGCGGGCGCGGAGGCGGGCGAGGACGGCGCGCCGGCGGUGGGCAACACGUACGCGCGGCACGAGCUGGACAUGAUGCUGUGAGGCGGUGGUGGUGGUGUGGUGGUGAGGUGGUGGUGGUGGUGGUGAGGAGUUGUUGUUGGGUGGGGAGGAGCGGCGGCGGUGGGAGGUAUGGGAGGUGCAGGAGCGCGGGGGUUGGGGUCACGGCGGAGGCCUGAGGUGGCGUACCUGCUAGGGGGAUGGGGCCCGCGGCUCAGGCUGUAACGUUGUGGGGUCCAGCAGCGAGUGGGACGCGAUGGGGUUGCGGCGCAUGGGGCCGAGUGCCCGGUAGGCGGCUGUGUGGGGCCGUAGCGGCAAGGCCGUUCCUGUCCUGUCAUUGCAGCGGCAGCAGCAGCAGCAGAAGGAGCGCUAGCUGUAUCUAGUAGGAUGAUGUGCAUGUGACUGGCGGAUGUGGCGGAUGCGAUUUGAAUCAGUUCGGUGUUGGCGGGGGCUCGGCCGGUGCUGGCUGGACAAGGCAGACCGCUGCAUGUGCAGAUGGGGGUGACACACGUGCUUUUGUGGAUAGCAGACCAGGUGCUAUGCAGGCCAGGGGUGCUGGUUGCAGGGCCCCGGUGGAGGUAGGACCAGCGUUGCCAGUGACCCCGGCUGUGGCUCCACGUAUGGGCAUUGCUGGCGCAUUGCAAAUACACGUGUGGGCGUUACUGGCACAUUGCAAAUCCAUGUUUGCAAACCAUGCAGCCGCCAGCACUCGGUCCUAAAUUGGAACUGGACACACUCCGGUCGACCGGCAUUUAAACGCAUUCCGACACGACGUGUUCACCCGGACCACCCAGCCUGGCCAGCACGUUGCCACACCGCCGCCAUGCGCGCGCCGCCAACUGAGUAAGGGCGCCCUGCAGCCGCAGCAGUGGCAGCAGGCUGGGCGGGCGGUGGGCCGGUGGUGAGGCUGGCGACCGCCCGGCAUCGUGCGUGGGAAGCUUCCGCCAUCAGGCGCGCUUUCAGUAUAAAGCUGCCGCGGUUGACUACGGCUGACACUGUGACAGGGGCCACUGCUGGCAUGACUGCUGGUGCGGGCGGGCGGGCGGCGCGGUAGGUGCAAUGCCGGCGCGUGCCAAGCCUUCGCUGUGACUGCAUGGCCACGCACACGCCUGGCAACAACUGGUACAGGCGAUGGGGCAGCAGUGGAUGUUGAAGCGUUGUACUUGCUCGUGCUCGUGCUCGUGUAUGUGUGACUUGAUGGGGUCAGACGAUGCACGUGGCACCCGAAGGUGCGUGAUGAGCUCAGGGAUGGCCGGUGAGAGGGAAGGAUGCGGUGGCUGCAUCUGUAGAUUCUGUACUACAUGGUUCUUGGCCGGUGUUGAUGGGUGGUGUUGAUAAACACCGGUCUUGGGCGGAGGAGUCGCCGAACUUCGGGACACGGGCCCGCCCCUUGCAGGUUAUGCACACGCCGCAGAUGCACUUGGUCAUGGCCGCCGAUAUGGCAGCCUUGGUCGCCUUGGACAGUGUCCUGCCCUAGAGUGAUGGAGACAAAGCUUACAGCUAUGACAAUGCAUGGGACCCAUGGGACCCAUUGCGCUGAGCUCGCCGUGUUCAUGCGGGUGUAACGCUUUGGGGCU